AUGAUUGCUCCAUUGUGGCCCUUCGGGCAAUAUCACGUGUUCUCGCAACGUUCGGCUCUUCGUGGCGGUGAGGUGCCAAGAACCGCAGAGGACUCUGUGCGUGUUCGCGUUCAGCCCUCCGAGGAUGAAAAUGCGCUGGAGCUUAUUGUUGAUGAGACAUUUGCGUCGAUCUACAGGCCGGGUCAGGCCGCGAGCGCUGGGAUUUGGGACGUGCUGGCAGCACCUGUGCUACUUCUGCCUCGACAGCCGCGCUCGAUUCUCAUCCUUGGCCUCGGUGGUGGCACCGUGGCGCGGGCGCUGAGGGCAUUGUGCCCAGAGGCCAGUAUUGUGGGGGUGGAGAUGGACGAUGAGGUACUCGACGCAGCCAGACGUCACUUUGGCCUUGACGACUUGGGAGUGGACGUGCGGCGGUGUGAUGCUUUGGAGGUGCUCCAAAAGGACAAGCAGCUGUUUGAUGUUGUUAUCGACGACAUUUUUGUCGGGUAUGCGCGGAGUGUGCACAAACCAAGAUGGAUGCUGCAGCGUGGCUUGCGCUUGGCUGCGAAGCGCGUGCGGCCAGGCGGCCUGCUCAUCAGCAACACACUCGAUGAAGCCGCCCUCAAGGAGGAAGCUGAACAUGGCCAGCAAGACAUGAACCUCUUAGAUUUCCUCACAGCUCUCAUUGCUCGGGAUGUCGUGGAGCCCGAUGAUAGUGCCCACGACGAUCAGAGAGCUCAGCACCAUGCGCCGCCUUUGCCAUGCUCUGCUGCUGCUGCUGCUUUCGCAACGCCUGGCACGAUGCCCGCCGGCAUGCUGCCUGCUUCUGCCACUGCUCGUGCUUUGCCUUUGUUGCCUGCCUUUUCUGCGUCCGCUGCUCUUGCUGCUUCCGCACCUACUCCUCUUCCGACCGAUCUUUCAGCUUGUCCUCUGUCCCUUCGAGGGGAUCCAGAAGGCGCUCGGGCCCUUUUUGGGUCCGGGCCGGACGGCCGUGGUCCACCGAUAUCGGACCCGGCGUCCUUCCGCCCACCGCGCCCCGAUUCCUAUGGGCCGGUGGCUGGCCGCGGUGGAGCCUCGCUCCCCGAUGAGCCCAUGAGCGAGCAUCCGGGUGCACCCCAUGAUUCCGUCGCAACGAUUACCGCGGCGGGUCAUGGUGGUGCCGCCCCUGCCAUCGAUAACGGCGGGUGGCAUACCGGACCCUGUGCUGUCAGGGCCCUGGUCGAUGAAGCCAUUGGGAACGGCGUCUCGGAUAUCACCGAAGCGCUUGAGAGCAAGAUCCGAGACAUGUGGGAGCUUCUUCAGGCCGAAUUGAGGAAAGAGCGUGAGCUGUUCAUGCAGUUUCAGGACUCUUUCCGCGAGAGGCGGAUUUCUGAUCACGAGACGCUUGAAGAUCAUUUUGCGAAGCUCACCUCUACGAUCAAUGAUCGACUUAUUGAGUUCGAUGAGCGGAUCCAUCAGUUCAACGAAAAGCGUGCUGGAUCGCUAUCCAUGCAGCUUGCCGAGACGAUCCGCCACAUCAAGCAGUACCCAGACGCGCUGCGGCAGAUUCAGGUCAAUAUCUCUAAUGCCGAAGCGCGCGUUGCUGCUGUGGAGCAGAAUGCUACUCACCGCAUCGAAGUCAUCAGAUCCGAGAUGAGUCGCACUCUCUACGAUCAUAAGGAGAGUAACCGAGCUCAUAUCGAUCAGCUGACUGCUCGAAUCCAGCACCUCGAGAACGCUCAUGUCCGCAGAGGCGGUUCUGAUAGAUCGACGCCUUCGCGUCCAGAACGAACGCAGUUCUUCGAUAUCAGUGACCAUGGUGGGGAUAUUCCACGCCCUGCGGACCUGCCGCCAGUUCCAGGUGCUCUAUUCCCUGGCGGACCGGCUACGGCCAUUCCGAGGUCUUCCCUGUUGGGUCCGAUCGAUCAUGGCUCUCCGCCGGGAUGCAAUGCUGCGCCUGCUGAAAAGGCCUCAACGGUUCACUCUCAGACGAGUGGAAUCAAUCUCGAUGAAAUUCUGAGGAAGAUCGCCGAAUCAGGCCGUUCCUUCCGCAAAUGCCGCCGGAGCGACUUCCGGUCAAGCCCGACCUUCCCAUGCCAAAUCUCCUAUGACACUCGAACUGUCCCGGCAGGGAAGGGACCGUCACGAUGGUAUGAUGCGAUGCUUGGCCGAUCGAAUCUCAUUGGCAACGGUGCUGGCGCACCAAUUCUCCAUAGUGAGACCGGUACUUUUACCCUUGCGCCGAACACGAGCGUUACUGCGACGCUUCAGCAUGAUGCGGCCAAUGAUGCCAUGCCCCCGAUGCCCACCUUCAGUGCCAGAACGUCCAUUCCUGCACCCAGUGCCGCGCCAUCCGGAUUUGGUGGACCGCCUCCCGCGUAUAACGGAGGCGGCGGUUAUUCUGGUGGUGAUGGCCCCAACGAUAAUGGGGGUGCAUAUGGCGGUGGCUUCGGAGGACAUGGGCACCACGGGUCCGGUUUUGGUCCCGGUGGCGGUGGUGGCCCACCCGACGGCCCACCUGGUGGUCCGCCUGGUGGUGGUGGCCCUCCUGACGGGAGUGGUCCGCCCGAUGGCGGCCUUGAUCCGCCUAGCAUCAGGCCCUCCGGUCGGCCGAGUGGGAACGAUACGUUCCAGUGCGAGCGAUGCACCGGAACUUUCCCGACCAUCGUGCGACGGUCGUGCAUCUCUUGCCGUUUCUCGUGUUGCAACGGUUGUUGCCGAGAUCCUUUGAGAAUCUGUCUCGUGUGUCUUGAGAGACAGACUGGGAAUCCACCUGGUCCCAACGAUUCGGGAUUCGGUGGACCCAAGGGCGAUGGAUCACUGAGCGAGGCCAAGAAGGCGAAGUGCAAGUCCUUUCGUCUCGAUCCUGAGCCGGAGCCUGCUCAGUUGCGACGCUGGAUCGUCGAUAUGAAAGAGCGAGUCGCGAAUGCAUUCGCCUACGAUCCAGGAUACGCACUAUCAUGGGUUGAGAUUCCCGAUGGUACACGGUAUGAGGAUCUCCUCGAUGAGUGCAAGUACGGAAUGCUUGAAAACGAAUGCAACUCUGCAUUCCGUGAGUGCGUCCGAUCUAUUGCACUGAAGAAUAAGAUCCAGACCGAGACCGAGCGCAUGCAUACGAUAAACCGGCGACUCGGAAGUAGGCAGAUCUUGUGGCUGUUGUAUGAUUUCCUUCGACCACAUGUCACCGGCGAUUCGACUUUCAAGCUCGUUGACCUGAUGAAGACCACGAUUGAUCGGUUUACUCAUGGAUCCGAGCAGGAAAGGUUGGAAGCCUUCUCCAAUCGGUGGGAUCAUGUUCUCGCUGGUAUCUCAGUCGAUCGCCCCGAGGAUCCUGUUCUCUGCGCUCUCUUUUAUGAGCAGGUGCGUGAGUUCCGCUGUCUCGAGCUCGACAUGCAGCUAUGGGACAGGGACGUAUCCGUACGGAACUACGCAUACUUGCGAACCGUCUGCGUCAAUGCGAUUACAACUUGGCGCCGACGACGCAAUCAGGAGAAGAUGUACACCGCUACGAGGUCUACUUCUGCGCAGAGACGAUACGCUGAGCUCGCCGAGGCGCUCGUCACCCAGACGAUCCUCCCCGCGACGCGGAUCGCCAAGACGAUAUUCCCGCAGUCCGGGACGAGCAGCUCCCGCACCGACUCGCCCAAUGCAAUGACAGCAUCCUCCUAUGGAGACUUCGCCUUCGCUUGCGUUGCAUCAUUCGAUAUGGCAUGUCCGUCAGUCAAGCGGAAGACAGUGUCGUUUGGGAAUACUGAGACCCGCGUGAUAGAGUCUUCUUUCCCGGAGCCAAACUUCGGUCCCGUCAAUCGCGAGAGGAAUUUGAACUAUUCGUGGCCGGAAGAUAUCCGUGGUCUGAAUAGUGCUCGCGAGAGGCGAAGGGCGCACAUGAAGGCUGUGCUUUGGAGAGAGCAGGUUUUGCUCGAUGACGUUGAUGCCAAAACGCUAGGUAAUGAUGCUUGUGUUCUGGAGCUCACGCUUUCUCAGCGGAGCGCUUGCGAGGUCUUUGCUGCUGCUGUCAAGUCUAUUAAGAGGGUCCGGAGACUAAUGCUCGACUCCGGUUGCGGUAUAGACCUUAUUGGUCUUGGUGAUCUGUCCCGCGAAGAAAGGGACCUGAUAGUUCAAAAUGCUAAGAUCAGCCUUAGGACCGCCAAUGGGAAAACUAACACCAAAGGUGUUGCCCAUAUGCGCAUUGACGGCCUCGAUGAGCUGAUUGAAGCUUAUGUGCUGGAGAGCACACCAAGUCUUCUUUCCCUAGGGAAACGAUGCAAGGAGCUUGGUUACCGAUUUAUCUGGGAACCCUUUUGUGAUCCGAUAUUCUUUGAUCCCAAAGGGAGACAACUCAAGAUUGAUGUUAUCAAUAACAUCCCCUACCUCGCUCCGAGCGAAACCGAGGUAGUCGCGGGUCGACCUGAUCUCCCUCGUGUGUAUCCGGCACUCCCAGCACCGAUCAUUAUUCACGAGAAAAUCGUGGCUGCGGGUGAAGAACCUGUGGGCGAGCUAGACGACAUUGGUGAGCUCGAUCUUGAUAUGCCUGGUGCUAAGAGUGCCCAGAAAAGUGCACCUGACGAUAUCAAGGAGGUGCCUAACAAGCCUAAGCAUCAGUCGCCGCCCGAUGAACCGAGAGCGCGCGAUCUGAGGGAGGAGGCUAAGUCCAUCCGUCACCUUAUGACCCAUCUACCUAAGAAUCCCUACUGCGAUGCAUGUCAACGUGCAAAGAUGGAAAACGUUAAAUCGUUUCGCCAAGACUCACCACGUGAUAAAGGGUUUGAGAAAUUUGGCGAGCACGUCACCAUCGAUACUAUGGUGUUGCACGGGCUUGGCAAUCGUGGGAAUAAUGGGGAAACAGAUGCUGUUGUCUUCUAUGAUCUAGCGACCGAGUGGUUAGAGAGUGUUCCCGUCAAGGGGAGGACGAAUGCCGACACGCUUCGAGCGUUCCAGCAGGUCUUUGGCGACCUUCAAGAUGUGAACUCGUUCUCCAUGGAUGUGGAGAGAAGGUAUGCACCGUCUGCGAUCCGGGAAAUCUACUGUGAUAAAGCCCGUGAAUUCAUAUCGACCUGCAAAAGAGUCGGCAUCUCUGUAAAACAUUCCACUCCUGGCAUGCCUCGCACUAAUGCCAUUGCCGAGAGCAAGGUGAAGCUUGUCCUUCAUGGCGCACGAGUGGCGCUUCGACAAGCGGGACUGAGCGCCAAAUUCUGGCCUUAUGCGUGCAAGCACUUUUGUCAUGCUCGCAACAUCGAGUUACGCGAAGGACAAAGUGCGUAUUCGCUACGAUUUAAUGGUGCCGAAUUUGACGGUCAGGUUCUCCCAUUCGGAUGUCUUGUAGACUUCUAUCCCACGCCGGCACGAAAACAAACCCGACGUAGUCAGAAAGAUGAAGUCGUACUCGGCGAUGGUGAGGAAUAUGCCGCACCUGCGCCUGGAGAUGAUGGAUUGGUCGAAGUCGAAGUUGGAUUCGAUGAUGAUGGUUAUCUCGAGUGGAUCGACGAUGGAGACGACGAUCGACCUGGAUCCCUCCAAGGACCAGACAUGGAUCAACGCCUAUCGUCCUACCAGCGCCCCAGCAAAUUCUCUCCCACGAGCAAACCCGGUGUGUUUCUGGGUUACCACUUCGAGAAUGGGGGCAGGUGGGACGGUGACUAUAUAGUCGCCGACCUUGAAGAUUUCAAGCGCAACGCACUGCGUGCGAGCGUCCAUCAGGUCAAGAAGCUAUACUGCUCACCCAAGGAGCGAUGGACAUUUCCGAUGCUGGCUGUAUACGAUAAACAGACACGAUCAGUGUGCAUCAACGAUCCCGCGAUGCAUUCUAAUGUGCCUAAGCCAAGUGAGCGUCUUGACGCCUCCGACAUGCUCGAUCUCGAAGAUAUCGAUGAAAUCUUCGCCCUUGAUGAGUCAACGCGAAUGACCGAUGAUGAUAUUCGCCAAGCUCGCGAGGCUGAGUUACGAGCAGAGUCCUCUCAUGGAGGAGGUGUUGACUACUGGGAGUAUGACCCAUCUGUGCAUAAAUGGACGUAUCACGUCGUUGUUCCAAGGAAAGCGAUGGUCCAUCCCAGUACCAGCACGUUGCGGCCGGAUCUAUAG